AAUAAAGGACGAUAGAUGAUGAAUGCAGUCGGUCUGAUCCUCAACUCUAACGUCUCUGCAGAGAUUUACUCACUUUACUCCUCCCUGUGGAUUUCACUCAUUCCUGCAGUGUUUCUUCCUGGUUCUGCAGCUCCAGCUGGGAAGAUGCUGGCGCUCCUGGGCGCGAUGUGCUCGGCGCUGUUCGUCCCCGGCUGCGCCCUCAGCUCGCAUUUCAACCCAGAUGGCGCUCCACUGAGCGAGCUCUCCUGGUCGUCCUCUCUGGCCGUGGUGGCCAUCUCUUUCUCGGGUCUCUUCACCUUCGUCUUCCUCAUGCUGGCCUGCCUCUGCUGCAAGAAGGGCAAGAUGGGCUUCAAGGAAUUCGAGAACGUGGACUGCGACGAGUACCAUGCAGACAUGUCCACCUUGGCCUCCACGGUCUCCCAGGGCACUCCGGACGUCUACGUCCUGCCGCUCACCGAGGUUUCCCUGCCGACCACCAAGCAGCCGGCCCGAUCUGCCCAGCUGCUGAAGUCCUCUGAACUGACUCGCCACAGUCUGCUCUACCUGAAGGAGAUCGGACAUGGAUGGUUCGGGAAGGUUCUGCUUGGGGAGGUGAACACGGGCCUGAACACCACACAGGUGGUGGUGAAGGAGCUCAAAGUCAGCGCCAGUGUGCAGGAGCAGAUGCAUUUCCUGGAGGAAGCUCAACCCUACCGCAGGCUCCAGCACCCGGCUCUGCUGCAGUGCCUGGCCCAGUGCACUGAAGUCACUCCCUACCUGCUGGUCAUGGAGUUCUGUCCACUGGGGGAUGUGAAGGGUUACCUCCGAAGCUGCAGGUCGAGCGAGGCGAUCAACCCUGAGCCCCUGAUUCUGCAAAGGAUGGCCUGUGACAUUGCAUCAGGACUGCUGCACCUGCACAAACACAACUUCACCCACAGCGACCUGGCUCUGAGGAACUGCCUGCUGACUGCUGACAUCUCAGUGAAGAUCGGAGAUUACGGUCUGGCGCACACAAAGUAUAAGGAUGAUUUCUACGUGACCUCGGAUCAGACGUACGUGCCACUGCGCUGGAUCGCUCCCGAGCUGGUGGACGAGGUUCAUGGAAACCUGCUGAUAGCUGAUCAGACCCAGCAGAGCAACAUCUGGUCUCUUGGUGUGACCAUCUGGGAGCUGUUUGAGCUGGGAAACCAGCCCUACAGACACUACUCUGACAGACAGGUCCUGACGUAUGCUGUAAGAGAGCAGCAACUGAGACUUCCCAAGCCGCUGCUCAAAGUUCCCCUGGCUGAACGCUGGUAUGAAGUGAUGCAAUUCUGCUGGCUCCAACCUGACCAGAGACCCAAUGCAGAGGAAGUCCUCCUGUUGCUCAGCUAUCUGUGUGCAAAAGGGGCCAGUGAGGCCGAAGAGGACUUUGAGAGGCGCUGGAACUCUCUGCGUCCCAACGCUGGAUUCAACGGUCUCCACACCGCCUCAACAAUAUCUCGAGACCAACCCUCCUUAACCUCCUCUUCCUUCCCUUUACUGGAGCAGUUUUCAUCUGGUGAUGGCUACCAUUCAGAGUCUGGAGAUGACAUACUGACAGUCACGGAGACCAGCCACGGGCUGAACUUUGAGUACAAGUGGGAGCAAGCAGAUCCAUCCUACAUAUCCCAAGAGUCCUCAAGUACUUGUACUCAGGCCAACCAUCAUUGUCCAGACGUGUUUUAUCCACCAGGGGGCAUUGUUGGAGGAUGUCCCAUUGAGAGCCUAAGCCACGGAGUUUCUCCUACCUACUAUCAACCAAAACACUUGCAUCCUCCCAGUGUGCUCCCUGUCCUCAGCGCCCAUAGUCCCUCAGUAAGCAGUGAAUAUUAUAUCCGUAUUGAGGAGCCUGUGGACUGUAACAUGGAUCCAGAUUACAACAUGUGCUCUUACAGCCCAGACUACCAGGGCAGCAGCGGGAGCUUCCUGACUGGCAGUGCAGACUCUGGUGAAUGCAUGGCCUGCCCAUCACAAACCAAAACUAUGGGUCCUUACUGGUCUGCUGACAUCCAUAAAUCUGAUCUGUAUGACUCCAAUGACUCAAGUCCAGCCAUCUCCUUGACAAUGGAGCCUCUUUUAGGUCAGGUUUCAGACAGCAGCCCCCUUCGACCAUGGGAGUCAAGUCACUAUGUGUCCUAUAAAGACAGAGAUGGGGGCUACUACUAUGAGCACUCCCCUACUUUAGAAAUGAAUCCCUAUCUGGUUGGAAGUGAGCAUUCCAGUGAGCAUCUCCAAGAAAGCUGGGGGUCAAGAAGCCUUCGUCAGGCUUUAGGAGAACUGGAGAACCCUCUGGGUAUAUCCCCAUCUGUGACCAGUCCACCUGAACAGGCCUACAGAGCGACAUACCUGGACACCAGCCAGACCUCUCUCUUAGGGAAGAACAUUACAGGGGGCUACUAUGACAUGAUGGGCUCUUUAAGGAAGACCAUGCCUAGUCACACGAGACACAAUAGCCACUCAGUCAGUAUCAACAUGAAGACCGGAGGCGCGCUCUUCAUCGGACACAGAGACAGUGACACAGAAGAAGAAGAGGAGGGCAUAUUUCUCGAGAGACACAGCUGCAAUACGUGGCCUUCGAAACACAGGCACAGCAGCGGAGGACACCACAGGCGGGCGAGCCACAGCUGCAGACAAGACUCUUACACCGACUUCAACUACACCAUGCCAAGUACGGACAUCGAAGACACCUGGCCCGACCAGCACAGCCUGGCUUUUCACUCUCUGCCCAAACCCAUCGACUAUUUAGAGCCACACCAGGCCAAAGAUAACAGUGCCUGCCUCAGCCUGAGUAAACAUCACACCAUGGUGCCCUCAGACAACUGCAAUGCCUACAUCUACCUGUGCCAUGAAGGGGAGACUCAGGAGACACCAUCUGGAGAGUGCUGCCACACCCAUUUUGUUGAUCCACUCACUGGUUUGUUAGUGAGAAACAACAACUACUGUCACAGCUACAGUCACAGCAACUACAUCACAGACAAGACCACUGAUAUUCUCAGCAGUGAGGAGAUGAUCAAUCUAUCACCGGCUCCAGGGGGUCCCGUUGUUUCCAAACACACUUUGAUAAAGGCUAACGACUGUGAAGAGUACUAUAUUAAUCCUUCAUCUGAAGAAACGCCACGAGAGGAAGUAAUCAAAGAAAAUCUGAUCAUGCAAAAUCCACCAGAACCUAGAAAAGAAGAGGUAACUCUGACAAUGACUAAAAACUCUCCACCACCUCCUGAUAACAGGCAUGUGAUGGUUUCCAUCACAGAUCCCCAGUCGGAGCUGAGCCACACAGCUGACAGUGGCAUGGACCAGGCCGGCUCCACCGUAAGUCUCAUCGACAUCCUCGACUGCAGCGACGAAGAAGAAGACAUAACAGACGACAUCACUGAUGUGACUUCAGGCAUCUUCGCCGAUGAAGGCAAUGAGCUGAACGCAUCUCCUGCUUUUAAAUCUUUGCAGAAGCAGGUAGGAACUCCUGAUUCCAUGGACUCAAUGGAUCUGCCGUCUGCUGCUGGAUCUUGUGAAGGUCUCAGCCCUGCUUCUUCCCAACCUUCCAGCUCACCUAAAGCCAUGGACAGCGGAUAUGAUACAGAGAAUAAUGAGAGUCCGGAGUUUGUCCCCAAGGAGUCCCAUGACACCCGAUCACAACCUCAGGGAAAGCCUACCUUGGAUACCGGUCUAGAAGAAGUUCAGGAGAACCUGGAGGAAGAGAAUAAAGCAGAGGUUCAACCAUCAUUGGGUCAAGGUUCGAUUUUGGACAGCUCACAGACAGAAGACCACAUUUUUUUACCACUGAGUGACAAGACUCCGUACAGAGACUCUGCCUACUUUUCAGAUUAUGAGAAUGAAAAGCAAAGUCGAGAUGAGGAGAGGGAACUCCAGCUGAAAGAAAUGGAUCAUCACAGUGAUGAAGAGAAACUGCAUGUCGGAGGAAAAAAGGCAGAGAAAAGAAAAAGUGGAGAGGAGGAAGAACUAGAAGAUGGAGUGGUGAACAAAGAUUUUAAACUUGAAGUGGACCACGAUCCAACAGGAAUAGCCGAAUCGCUUCCUCCAGGGACAAGCUCGACAGAGAAUGAGGAACCUUCAGAUUCUGCCUUUAAAGCAGAGGCAAUACUGGAUGAAUGGCCAUCCCAUGAAGAGAGUUCGGCCUUAGGGGACUGGGCAGCUGAGGUGGUGGGGGCCAUGGAGGAAGCGCUUGGUGCCCUCAAUGGAGAUUCUGCUUCCAGCUAUAAGGAAGAGAAGGACAUGGAGGACAAAACAGAUUCUGUUGAGGCUGGCAAAGUCGAGGAAACACCAAUGAAAACAAAUCACAAAAGGCCAUUAGGAAUGUCCGGAGAAAUCCUGCACGUCUUACCCAAAGACGAGGUAGCGCUGCAGCACACAGCUAACAGCAGGAGGUUCUCUUCCUCCUCACCGGUCUCUCCAUCCACCCCACAACCUCCACUUCCUGCGACAGAGGGCCGAUCGUCUCCCGCUGACGGCGAGGAGGCCGACGAGGAGGACACCGAUGACAGCGACGAGUCGGAUGAGGAGCUGCGAAGCUACAGCGUGCAGGAGGAUGAGGAGAGUGAGGGAGAGUGCCACCCCGUGCCCAUAGUGGUGAGCGACAACAGCGAGGCUCACAAACUGCGGAGCCUCCUCAAGGUGCCAAGCCUGGCUGCAGAGAAUCAGGAGGAAGACCAUAAGAAGAAGACGGUUUCUUUCUUUGAUGACGUUACCGUCUAUCUGUUCGAUCAGGAGAGUCCAACUAAGGAGCUGGUUGAGUACGGCUUCCCAUUAGCAUCCGAGGGUUCGAUCUCUGGAAGAAAAUCUCAGGAAAGACCUAAUAUCGCAGCUGAUUCUUCAGAUGGGAACAUCUCGGAGGAGAGCGCAGGGUUUGAGUGGGAGGACGACUUUCCCCUCCUACCUCUGCCUACAUCCUCGACAGCAGCCGACUCUCCUCCACUUCGCGCCGUCGCCAAGGCUCCGGAGCCCAAACCGGCCAUCCAGUUGUCCCGGUUCACCGUCUCCCCAUCCAACGUGUCUCGGUUCUCCAUCACUCACAUUUCUGACUCUGACAUGGACUCGGCAGGAGGUUGGUCGCUUCACCACCUGCAUGCACCUCCGCUCUCUUUAUGGCGGAAUCAUGACUGAAUGCUAAAGGACACGGAAACAGAAACAAAGCUAAGUUUUGUUCAGCACAAUUGCACAAAAUUAGGGGGAAAAAAAAUAGCAGUUAGCGCAACGUAGGAUGAAAAAAAAGGUCUAGGAGCUUAAAGAAAGGAACCACGUAUGAGGACAGUGACAGUCAUGGGGUGUGCUGUAGGACUGAAAUGUUAAGUUGAAUACAGAGGUGAGAAUAGUGUGGAUUUCUUUAAUUUACAAUUAUAUGAUCUUAUUUCUUUGUACACUAGGUACAGAUCAUUUUACGAGGUAUAAUAACCCCAAGAUUAAAAAAUCUCUCACCAGAGAGGCCCCAUUUCUCACAAAGAAGGACAGUCAACUUCAGCUCGAUCUGGCUCUACAACGACCAAGAACAGAUGUUUUUAACCUUCUAUAAACAUCAAAGCAAACAUAAAAUGUUCAAAUGUUCAGUUUCUGUUUCUGUCUUUUUUUUGUAGGAAGCAGUGAAGAUGGAGAUAAGGAAUAAGAAGCAGUGGAUCUUUACUGGCUCUGUGACAACAGCUGGACCUAUUUUAGCAUGACUUCAGAUUUUUAUUAUUAUUAUUAUUAUUAUUAUUAUUAUUAUUAUUAUUGUAAUGUCAGGUUUUCCAAACACAAGACAGUGCCUCUUACUGCCUGCGGACACUUUGAAUAUAAAGCCCUCUUACCAACAUGCAACACUGGUCCGAGUGUAGAUUAGAAUACUGAAAAGACAAUGAAUAUUACAUUUUGUGAAGGACGUAUGAAAGAUGAGCCCUGUAUAUUUUUGGAUCAAAGGCAUCUUGGAUGGAAAAAGGACACAUUUGCUGCCUUUUUCAUUUUUUUCAUUCAUAACAAUGUGCAGCCGAUCUUCACUGAAACAGGACGAAAACGAAACUGCUGCCAGAUUGUUGCCGAGUAAAAACAUCCACUUUGUGGCUUUUCAACAACGGACGAGCACCUUGAACAAGACUGAGCAGCAUAAGACUUUCUACUUUUUAGCAAAUGUUUUACUUGUACUAAUAAACAUCAUGAAUGCUUGAGGCAUCACCUGUAAUAUAAUGUAAGUAUUUGGUUUCACUCAGAGAGAACGGACACUGUGGUGUGAAAGGAAACCAAGCUGUCUGGUGAUAGACUGAACUGUCUGUCUACGAUGAACUAGUGUUUGAGACUUUUCUGUUUUACAAAUAGAACAUCCUCGCCACCCAACCGAGACCAUGACGCCCAAAAGCUGGAAGUAAGAGAUAACUCAACUACUUUUCUUUAACAGUUUGUAGUUUCAGUAACCUAAAAGCCGCUAAGAAUGAUUCAGGACAAAGAGAAACAGACACUGGUUACAUCCAACAUCAGGAGCUUUUUGUGUUUGUAUAUUUUCUGCCUAAACUGAGAAUCGAUUCAGUUUAGACGGGUUUGCUUCUAGUUAAUCUGAACACGUAAAGGUUCUUCAUCACAUUGAUGCAAAGAUCUUGUAAUUCCAGAGCAAGUGGGAAGCUCUAAUGUUCACUGAUCCACAGUCCAGGUUGGCACCGCAGCACCAAGCAGCACUGUGGUGCUGCUUGGUGCUGCGUUUCUGGAACCUUAUGAUUCACUACGUCAAGAACACCUUCAGCUUGACGGCUGUGAAAGCAAAGGCAGCGCCAGAGUUAUAACAACAACUAGAUCACUGGGAUCAACUUUAAAAUUGAUUGUUCUGACUUUCCUAGAUUACAUCUUUCAUCUUAAAACUUCAAAUCACCUCAGAAUCAAUUAUGCUCCUCAUAAUCCAUCCAUCUAUCUUUAACCACUUAUCAGAGACCCUCAGACCUGAACUUUAAGACGUUUCCUAACGCAGCUGAGUUUCGAUGUCCAGCCGGUCUUUGUUCUGCACUAAGGCCUUCUACUGGGGGGACAAAUCCUUAAUGGAUCCCUAAAACUUUCCUCUUUCUGCCUGGAUGAGGUCAGUAACUCUGCAUGAGGAAAUUAAUUACAUGUAGACUUGUUCUUUAGGUUGUUACCCAAAGCUCGUUAACACAAGUGGGGGUUAUUUUAACCUUUUAGACCAGUACGUUGUCUUCGCCACCACAGAUGUUGCACUAAUGCAUCUGUUAAUGUCUGGCUUCAUUCUACACAACUUUCAUCACCAAUUCAGCUUCAACCAAGACAAUUUCUCAAAUUCAGUUGUAAAGCACAUUUCAGCAGCGUGGUAGUUCUGCUGGAAACCUUUUAGGUUUCCUGGUAUGUUCUCAAUCACUAAUGUAAUUCACGAAAAACAUCAGUACUAUCCCACAAUUGGUUUAACAAAAGAGUUUGAUUAAGGUCAAAGAAGAAUACAUUUCUGAUGACAACCUUCAGAAACUUUAACAAAAAGUCAAAUCUAAGGUCACUAGCCUUAGAUUUGACUGUAUUGUCACUCACUAGUCCUCACGACUAGAGCAGGGUUUGGAAACCUGCGGCUCCGGAGCCCAAAGUGACCGUCCGUCGUAUCCAACAGAUGUCUCUUAGUAACUUUGGGUAAAAGUGAUAAAGCCCCAUGAGUAACACUUUAUCCGAAGGGCUGUGCAUCAGACUGACAUGACACUGUCAUAAACAUAACACCUGUCAUGAACAUGAAAGAGUCUUCAUGAAUGUUUAUGACUGUUGUCAUGAAGUGUCAUUUGGUAAAUAAUGACACUUUUAGUGAAAAAGUGCAAUAAUAGUUGCAUUAAAAGUUCAUCAAACGUGUCAACGUUGCAUUAUCCGGUAAAUAAUGACACUUAAAGCAAAAUCCUAUUAAAACUUGCAUGAAAACUCACCUAAAAAUGUCAACUUUGCAUUAAAAGUGUCAUUAUUUACCGAGCGAUACUCCAUGACAACAGUCAUAACCAUUCAUGAAGACGUCUCAUGACAGGUGUUAUGUCAUGUUUAUGACAGUCAUGUCAGUCUUAUGCAAACCCCUUCAAAUAAAGUGUUACCGAACCAACUAAUGUUUUUACAUACAGAUACAACAAAUGCAGGUUUUAUUUUUGUUUUCAAAAACAUAGUGACACUAAAAAAAGCACCUGUAAUAUUUUCUCUUGCCAGCAGAUUGGCAACUUUGUCCACAAAACUUGACAUCACCUAGAAGAAAAUGCGUCCAUCCACUUUUUGCAAAGGUUUUAAGUUUUUUUUUCUGAAUUUUAAAACUUAGUAGAAAUAAAAUAAUGGUUUAAAUGACAUAUUUUCGAUAGCAGACAGUGCUGGUCCAUUGACUGAAUAAUCACAGAGUCUAACUGGGUUAGACUUCUGCAAUAAAGGCUGAAACACAGUGGAGAGAGAGAUUGAUGUUCCUGCAAUUAAUUAAAUAUUCACAGUUGACUCGCUCUGUUUUAAACAUCCACUGUUUGUGCUCUGUCACUGGUUUGUAGGAGUGGUAAAGAAAGUACUUUAUCAUUACUGUAACCUGCUGAUCGUUGGCUCCAGUUUUGUUUUCUGACUCUGGGAUUAGCAGAACUGUUGAAACUUUCCGUAUUAAAAACCCCGAGCCAUACUGUUUUUGGGUUGGACUCAUGGAUUGCAAACAGUUUAGUCUGAUUUAUUGUCUCAGUUGAUCAUGAAGUGCAACAAUGCUGUAGUUUUUGUGUUCAAUCUAAAAUAAAAAAACAAACAAGAGAAGAGACCCCGGUGUGUUCUCAGAGCCAUUAAAAUGCAGGUUUCUGCUUUUAAACCAACAUGUAGUGUCUUCUAUGUGUUUGCCUUCCAGGGCUUUAAUAUUCUUUAACACUUUAGCAUAGAAACAUCUCGAUGGCUGUCUGUAAUAUUUUUGUAUUGAGAGAAAAAUACUUUUGAGUAUCGAUGAGAUAGUGAUGCAGGGGGAACGGACGAAAUAAAGGAAUAUCUCUCUGUUUAUUGUUGCCAAAGACGUUGUGUUGUGUUUCAGGGUGUUUUGGUGUUUUUACCCCAAAGCAAAGACCGAGGUGAGGAACAAGACGGCAGCUUUGGUCUGAACCGACUGUAGAAAUGUGCAGGAGAAGGACUGGGAUGCAGUCUGUAAUAUGUGCCCCCCCCUCCACUCUGACUUGUUCAAAUCAUUACUUUCUGUACUUUCUAUUAGAUAUAAAUAAACUCUGGUUUACACA